CACAGUUUAGUCGGGCAGAAAACUUCCUGAAUGAAACACUAACCACAACAAGAGGGACUGAGCUGCGUGUCGGAGGAAAUAACGGAACCGGUUGGCUGUUAUUAUUAUUAUUAUUUUAUGUCACCAGCGUUUUCUCACCAGCUACAUAGCUAGAGACACAGUUCUCGUUAGCUAAGGACGGAGCUGAUCACCUGCUCUAAGCUGCUAAUCUCAUGUUAGCAGGCUACCUGAAGGUAUUGUUCGCUUGUUAACCUCCUUGACAUCGGCACACUGCUUUUCCUCGCCUCACUGCACGGCGGCUGUCUCACCGUAGGUCCUCGUCUGCUCCCAUUCUGUCAGUCUCCGCGAGUGAUUGAAUGCGCUGAGACUGGCAUCAGUGGACAAGCACACACACACAAAGGGCCGUUGAUUGGUCAAGGAUGACCAUGGACGACAUGAAGAAUGAAGCCGACACCGCCUCGAUAGUCUCCAUGGCUCUCUACACUGUGAUGUAUCCUGUCUUUAACCAGUUGGAGCAAGUCAACUUAUCAGCAGCGCAGACCUUGAGAGCAGCUUUUAUAAAGGCAGAGAAGGAGAACCCCGGUCUGACCCAGGACAUUGUUAUCAAAAUACUGGAGAAGAAGAACUUAAAAAUCAACUAUAGUGAGUCUCUGCUUCGCAUGGCUGCAGACGAUGUGGAAGAGUUCAUGAUUGACAGGCGAGAGCCAGAGUUCCAGGAGCUGAACGAGAGGGCCCGAGCUCUGAAACACAUCCUCAGCACCAUACCGGAUGAGAUCAAUGACAGAGUGGGCUUCCUACAGACCAUCAAAGACAUUGCCAGUGCCAUAAAGGAGCUGCUAGACACAGUUAAUACUGUCUUCAGGAAAUACCAGUAUCAGAACAGACGGGCACUGGAACAGCAGAAGAAAGAGUUUGUGAAAUACUCCAAGAGCUUCAGCGACACUCUCAAAACCUACUUCAAAGAUGGAAAAGUGAUAAACGUGUUCGUCAGCGCCAACCGGCUCACCCACCAAACCAACAUGAUACUGCAGGCCUUCAAGACUGUGGUGUAGCAGCCUGAGAACACGCACACUGACAGACAUUUUUAUUUGAGAAAAGGUGAUAUGAGGCUGUGUAAUUUGUAAAGACAUUGUAUUAUCUUGGGCUGUAUGAUUUAUACUGUGAUUCUGUGGCUUUAAGGGGAGAUCAGGUAGUUUGAGGUUCAAAGCAAAUCACGCUGACAGUAAUUGCCAGGGAUUUUUAACUCUCUUUUAUGUUGUUCUUUUAUCAGAUUCUUAAGUCGAUAUUUCUUCAUUCCUUUAUAUAUUUCCCUUCCUGCUCAGCACUGUGUAUGUCUAAAAAAAGUAUAGGGAAAAUGUGUUCAUUUUCAAUGUCCUUAAAAGUUAGCAAUUGCCAAAGUCUUAAAAAGUUACAAUAAAAAGAAGUGGCAUUGAGUUUCCAAA